AUGAAGUUCUUUCUUCUCUUCCUCUCUUUUACCCUCAGCGCUCUCGCGCAAAAUGGCUACUUCGGUUAUUCUCUUACCGACACAGGCGACCCAGACUCGGCCGUCUACGAAACAGCCAACACAAAAGCAAAUACGUCCGUCAACGUGCCACCUCCGGAUGUCUUCCUCAACGCAUCGGUGCACGUGGGCGAGAUUGACAUCGAAGUGCUGAACCUGACGGCCAAGGUCAACCUGGCGGCGCAGGUGCUCGCUCUGCUCGACUUUAAUGCGGGCGUCGAUGCCUCCGUGGACCGCGUCUCGUUGACGAUCCAGAACGUGACUGCGAAGGUGCUGCUUGAGGCGCGCCUGGGAAACCUGCUGGCCAUGAUCGAAGACAUCCUCGAUUCGCUCGACCUCAACCCGGCCCUGGCAGCGCUCGGACAGGGUCUAAGCGAGAUCACCGGCGACCUCACCGACAGCUUGAGCGGAAGCAGUAGCAGUUCCUCGUCGUCAAGCAGCAGCAGCAGCAGCAGCAAACUCAAAUCUCGCGAGGACCUCGAGUCGUUCCGGCUGGAGAACAACAUCCUUUACUCGGUCAACGACUACAGCGGCAACGCGCACACCAACCGCAAGUUAGCGCAGGAUGGCGCCAUUGUUGACCAGAGCCUCGACAACGACGGCAACGUGCUCGGUGAAAAGACGGUCGGCAGCUACGACCGCGACAUGCGCUUCACCGGCCGUGAGCACGAGACCGAGUUCGAGGGCCAGAAGGUGACGGAACGGAUGUACGAAUACCACCCCUUCCCUGGUUUGGAGGCCUUCAGUGCCAUCUACGUCAACGAAGCUGGCGAUGUGGUGGGCACCCAGGUCGUAAGCGAGGUCAGCGGGGGCGGCACCAGCACGAUUAGCGCUGAUACGGAUGAAUGA